ACAAACAAACAAAAAAAGAAUUGCCUGUCAUCAAGAAACUUGUAGCCUAGAAGACAGAGAAACAAUCACAAAUUGUUAGCUGGAAUUGAGUCUACAUUGGCAAACUUCAGAUCCAGACACAGGACUCAGCGAUACAUUCCUGGACAGCAAGGUACUAAAAUGGCAACCACAAUCUGUUUCAUCAUCUGGGUGUUAUUCAUAACAGAUACUGUAUGGACUCGAAGUGUGAGACAGGUUUAUGAGGCAAGUGAUCCAGAAGACUGGAUGGUGCAUGACUUCCAUUGUCCCAGGGAAUGUUUCUGUCCCCCCAGUUUCCCUACCUCUUUGUACUGUGAAAACCGGGGUCUCAAAGAAAUCCCUGCUGUACCAUCAAGGAUCUGGUAUCUUUAUCUUGAAAACAACCUGAUAGAAACCAUUCCUGAGAAGCCAUUCGAGAAUGCCACCCAGCUGAGAUGGAUAAAUCUAAACAAGAACAAAAUAACCAACUAUGGAAUUGAAAAAGGAGCCCUGAGCCAACUGAAGAAGCUGCUUUUCUUAUUUCUGGAAGAUAAUGAGCUAGAGGAGGUACCUUCUCCAUUGCCAAGAAGUUUAGAACAAUUACAAUUAGCUAGAAACAAGGUGUCCAGAAUUCCUCAAGGGACCUUUAGCAAUCUGGAGAACCUGACCCUUCUUGACCUGCAGCACAAUAAACUAUUAGACAAUGCCUUUCAAAGAGACACCUUUAAAGGACUCAAGAACCUCAUGCAGCUAAAUAUGGCUAAGAACUCCCUGAGGAAUAUGCCACCAAGAUUACCAGCCAAUACUAUGCAGCUGUUUUUAGACAACAAUUCCAUUGAAGGAAUACCAGAAAAUUAUUUUAAUGUGAUUCCUAAAGUGGCCUUCCUGAGACUCAACCACAACAAAUUAUCAGAUGCUGGCCUCCCUUCUAGUGGUUUUAAUGUAUCAUCAAUUCUAGAUCUUCAACUGUCUCACAAUCAACUCACAAAGGUCCCCAAAAUCAGUGCUCAUCUGCAGCACCUUCACCUCGAUCAUAACAAAAUUAAAAAUGUGAAUGUCUCUGUAAUAUGUCCUACCACUCCUAUCACAUUGCCUGCGGAACAUGAUUCCUUCAGUUAUGGACCUCAUCUUCGCUACCUCCGUCUGGAUGGAAAUGAAAUCAAACCACCAGUCCCAAUGGAUUUAAUGAUCUGCUUCAGGCUCCUUCAGGCUGUCAUUAUUUAAACAUGUUUUCAACAAUCUAAAAUUGAUUUAAUGAGUUCAUAUUUCUGACCUGAAAUUUGGUUACCAUUCAUAGGUUUAAGAUAAAAAUCACUUGUUUAAUGGCUUAUGGCCACCAUUUUUAUUUGU